AUGAAAUACGCCCAAUUAGUAGUAGGCCCAGCUGGCAGUGGCAAAUCCACAUAUUGCUACACCAUUCAAGAGCAUUGUCGAGCUGCGAAUCGACCGGUAAUGAUCUGUAAUUUGGAUCCGGCCGCAGAUUACUUCAAAUAUCAACCUGAUGUUGGUAAGACGAAUUUUUUUAUGUAGAUUAUACCAAUACUUUUCUUGAAGAUGAUGAAAUUUUGUUUUUUGGGGUAUUAGAUGUUAUAUUAGAUUUAAAAUGGCAGAAAAGAAAGGAAAUCUAGGAAAAAAUGAAAAAAUUUAUGAAAAAAGUUUUAAAGAGUUAUCGUAACUUUUAAACUUUUUGGAAUUUUAAAAUGAGGUUUAGGGGUUAGUUGCCUAUAGGAAUGAUCUACAAUCUUACAAAAUUUCAAGUUUUAAUCAGGUUUUUAAAAAAAGUUAUGACAAAAGCAAGCUAGCCCACCAUUUUUUUGUUUGCGCCAAAAGUAAUUGGACUUUUUUGCUAUAUAAAUGCACCUCAAAAGGCUCAAUUCUUUUUUGAAGCGUUUUAAAAUUUUAUCUUUUAAGCUUUUGAAAAGUAAAAACGAAUUUACAAUUUCAAUUUUCUAGACGUUCGAGACCUAAUAAGUGUGAAAGACGUCCAAGAAGAUGAAGAACUCAUUCUCGGCCCAAAUGGUGCCCUCGUCUUUUGUAUGGAGUACCUACUACAAGAAAUCGACGCUCUACAAGAGAUGCUACAAGCUGGAGAAGACGACUACUUCCUCUUUGACUGCCCCGGCCAAAUCGAACUCUACAGUCAUCUACCAGUAAUGCGACAACUCACCGAACGUCUUCAACAAUGGGGAUUUCAAGUCUGCACGGUGUUUCUAUUGGAUUCGCAAUUCUUAUUAGAUGCUGAUAAGUUUAUAGCUGGCGCUUUGACCACACUGGCUACAAUGGUAUCAUUGGAAACACCAGCUGUGUCUAUCAUAUCGAAGAUGGACAUGAUGCAAAAAGAAGACAAAGAAUGGAUCGAAGGAGUGUUGGAGGGGAAUGCACAGGCUCUUCUGGAUAGUGUAAGCUGUGAUUUUGUAAAAUAGGAAGAAAGGUUUUGGAGGAAAUUGAAAAAAAAAUUAUUUUAGGUACUAAAACGCCAAAAAUUUUAAGUUUUUGGAUCAUUCAAGUUGAUUAUACAUACUUUUUGAUCAAUAAAACGUGUCAAAAGCAUAAUAUCGUAACAUUUCAGCAAGAAGCAACCGAAUGGAACAAGAAACAUCGCCUGUUAAGCGAGCUAAUAGCCUCAAUACUGGAUGAAUAUGGUCUAGUACGAUUUGUAACGCUAGACUGUGAAGAUGAAGAGAAUAUCAGUGAGGUGCUGUUAACAAUCGACAAUUCGAUUCAGUAUGGAGAAGAUGCGGAUGUGAGGGAUCGAUUACCAGAAGAUGAGGAUGUUGAAUCACCAGAGGAUCAAGGCUUUGUGGAGUAA